UGCUUAUUUUCCACGGCUUGUGCUAUAAUCGCCCGGAAUAAUAGCACAGGCCGUGGACACCGAACAAAUAGCUAGAUUAGUUACGUUCCCGGACCGAUUACGUAAGUUGUAAGAUAAAAAGAGAUGAAUUGCAUAAUUACAUUGCAACGGAGUAAAACAUUGUUAUGGAAGAGUUAAAUGAGGUCCACGUCCGUAGCUAGAAAGAUCGAAGGACUCGUUAGAUGUCGAAUGCUUACUAUUUAAAGUUUGUAACUUUCAAAUUUCGCGCCAUAAACUCUGUCCAAAGUAGAUUACCCACAAUCCACCUCUUGUUGGAAGGAAGCUGCAAAGGGAGGACGUGUUUAAAACUUUUUAACUUUUGCUUCAAUUCUCGCAUUAAAUAAUCGUUGUCAUGGGUAUCAACCUCGGAGAUGCGUUCCCAAACUUCAAAGCGCAGACAACUGCCGGUGAAAUGCAGUUCUACGAUUUUGUCGGAGACUCGUGGGCUAUCUUGUUCUCUCACCCUGCUGACUACACCCCUGUGUGUACCACAGAGUUAGGACGUGUUGUUCAGCUCGUGCCAGAGUUUAAGAAACGUGGAGUGAAACUUGCUGCUCUCUCAUGUGACGAUGUAGAGAGCCACAAGGGAUGGGCAGAGGACAUAAAAUCCUAUGUGAAAAAUGAAGAAGGUUUCCCAUACCCAAUCAUUGCAGACCCCAGCCGUGAGCUGGCUGUCCAGCUUGGUAUGGUAGAUCCAGAUGAGAAAGAUGCAGCUGGUCUUCCACUCACUUGCAGAGCAGUAUUCAUCAUUGGACCAGAUAAGAAACUCAAACUGUCCAUGCUUUACCCAGCCACCACUGGAAGAAAUUUCAAUGAAAUUCUCCGUGUGCUAGACUCCCUUCAGUUGACAGCUACCAAGAAGGUUGCUACUCCCGUAGACUGGAAGCAAGGAGAUGAAGCAAUGGUUGUCCCAUCUGUAAAGCCUGAAGAUUGUGCCACACUCUUUCCUAAAGGUGUACGUGUUCAGGCUGUUCCUUCGGGCAAACAAUACCUUCGAUUUACAACGGAUUAUUAAACCCAGUGUAUGAAUCGAAGUCCAAACCCUGUGCAAGCUAUAUAUAAUACAUUACUAACAAUAGCAUAUAUACACAUUCAUCUGGACAUUAUCAUUAUGUAGGACUAUGAUAAGGCAUACAUUGUCAUAGUUGAUAGAAGAUUAUUCUAUGAUUUCAAAGUAUACAGCUUAAUCCUGUAGUGCACUCAUACACCCUCGAAAUAGAUACAUUUCAAUUACAUUAGGAACAUUCAGCAUUCAUUGUGUUAUUCCUACAUUUGUUAUUUGUAGAUGUGUAUUUGUCGAAUUUUAUUGAUGUAUGAAGAGGUUAGGAAUAUAAUAUGCAAUAGAUGAGAAACAGUGCAGAUAUUUGAAAGAUCUUUACAUUGUGCUAUUUUUACACAUUCCUUUCAAAUACAUUGCUAAAAGUAUUCUGCUACUGCUAGUGUAGUUAUUGGUU